UUUUUUCUAUAAUUAUAUUUAUUCCCCAAUCUAAAAAUUAGAGGUACAGGAGAUGUAAAAUCAAAAUAUAAGACGCGUGCGCACUAGAGUUAACAUUUUUAUACAAGUACGAAUGGGAAAAACAUGACGGAAGAACUUUCCGGUGUGACAAUCGUUAUUUUUAUUGCGGCUGGAGUACUAACAAUAUUAUUACUGUUUAUAUUUGCAAAACGACAAAUUAUGAGAUUUGCAUUACGAUCACGCCGUGGUCCUCAUAUCCCUAUCGGGCACGAUGCACGAAAGUCACUAAAGAAGGAGAUCGAAAGACGAAUAGAAGUAAUACCAAGAAUUCAAUACGAGCCACAACUUAUUAGCGAUCCAAGAUUUAUUUUAACUCCUCGAGGACAGGUUUCACCUCAUUACUACAGAUUAAAAGCUGUAGAUGAUGUUAAGACCUUGGAAGCUGAAAUUACUAAAUAUGAUAAUUGCUUAAAAAGACAUCCAUCUGAAAAUUUACGGGCAUAUUUACUUGCCAUAUUGGCAACACCAUUAAAUGGAAGUGGACAACGAUUAAUUCAUCAGUUCUGUGAUUUAUAUGAACAUGCACGACACGAUCCAACUGAAUUUGGUGAUGAGGAAUAUCAAGUAUAUACCCGUUUAUUCCUUAAGUUAAUGGACGCGGCUCGUUUAUUAAAAUCAUAUCCAAGCAGUAAGAAAUCUAGUCCAAGUCGCACACCUAUAAAAAAAAACAUUGAAACGAAACGGAAUAUAUUAGAACCCAAGAUGAAACUACUGGAAGAUCAAACAUUAACUGGAUCACGUCCGAAUACAUUAACCGUGAUGAUGUUGGAUAAUAGCGAAACAUCUGUUUAGCAUUAUGAAAGUCGUCACAUACAACACAUGUGACGAUAUGUUUGUUUAGAAUUGUCAGUCUCUACAUCAUAUGGGAUUGCAAUAACGGACACGUUUUUUGUUCCAACUUGCGGUUAAAUAUCGAUGUCCGUCUUAAUCGAUAAAUAUUUAGUCCAUACAUUUUUAUAAUAUGAAUUAUGUCUUAAAGAAAUUAAUGCCUGAUGAAACGUGUAUUUAUAUGUAUUAGAAAUAUGAUUCGUUCUCAUAUAAUUUAACCAUUCCAUCAUCUGAAAGAGGUAUAUAAUAUCUUUAAUAGACUGUUAAUUCUACAAUAACUAUAUAACUUCUAAUGAAGAAAAAAAGUAUUAAAUUGUUAAAUUAUCAUUCGGACGAUAGUUGGAUCGUUUUGUAUAGAAAUAAAAGUAAUUGUGAGUA